AUGGAUGAAGAAGACAGCGGGCAAGAUUAUAUUUUCAAGAUCGUCCUGAUUGGCGAUUCUGCUGUUGGAAAAUCAAACCUCCUCGCAAGAUUUGUUCGGAAUGAAUUCCAUCCCAAUUCUAUGUCAACCAUUGGGGUUGAAUUCCAAACACAGACCAUAAAUGUCAACGGCAAGGAGGUCAAAGCCCAGGUAUGGGACACUGCAGGUCAAGAACGUUUCAGGGCUGUGACAUCCGCCUACUACAGAGGGGCUGUCGGGGCUUUGGUGGUGUACGACGUCAGCAGGCGUCACACCUUCGAUAGAAUUGGCAGAUGGCUCGAGGAACUCCAGAGUAAGAACCAAAACUUCACAUCAUACCCGGUACUUAAUGUAAAGCCCUUUUUUCUCGUAUUAAUACCCUGCAAGACCCUUGAACAUUAUGACUGGAGGAUCUUUGGAGGACAUAUACGCGAAGGGGAAAAAAGAGGAGCAUUUCCACAAUCUAAGGAAUCUGCAGGGAUCUAAACAUGAAUAGCCCUAUCAUGAAGUCUCUAGCAAACAUUCUUCAACCAGAAAGGGUCUGUGUGUUCAUCAGAUGUUGUAGUGUUCAUCAGAAAGGCGUCAAUUAGCAUCAACCUGAAACCUUUCCUAACAUAGAAAGGCAAUCCCUCCACUUUACAACAUUACUUUAUCUUCCAAAUAUUCUUUUAUCAUUCAUAAGACUACUGGGUUCAUCAAUUGACAUCAAUUUGAGCCUAUUCCCGAAUUAGAAUGGCUCUCCCUCCACUUUACAACGUUACUUUAUCUUCCAAAAUAUUCUUUUAUCAUUCAUAAGACUACUGGGUUCAUCAAUUGACAUCAACUUGGAGCCCAUUCCUGUCUUAGAAUGGCACUUCCUCCACUAUAUAACGUUAAUUUAUCUUCCAAAUAUUCUUUAAUCAUUCAUAAGACUACUGGGUUCAUCAAUUGACAUCAACUUGGAGCCCAUUCCUGUCUUAGAAUGGCACUUCCUCCAUUAUAUAACUCCAAAUAUUCUUUAAUCAUUCAUAAGACUACUGGGUUCAUCAAUUGAUAUCAACUUGAAACCAUUCCUGGCUUAGAAUGCCACUCCCUCCACCUUGUAACAUUACUUUAUCUUCCAAAUAUUCUUUUAUCAUUCGUGAGACUGCUGGGUUCAUCUUCUCCGCUCCGUCUCUUGAACAGCUCACUCGGACAUGCACGUGGUCACUGUUCUUGUGGGGAAUAAGUCUGAUCUCAGGGACGCCAGGGAGGUCAGCACUGACGAAGGGAGGGCUCUGGCUGAGGCCCAUGGGAUGUUCUUCGUGGAGACAUCUGCUCUUGACUCCUCCAAUGUUAAGCCAGCCUUUGAGACCCUGGUAAGAGAGAUCUACUCUAUUUUGAGAAGGAAAGUUUCUCUGUACCAGGACCUCAGAAAGCUUGAAACGGGCUCUCUGGCCCAUGGGAAGACUCUGAUUCUACAUGGAGAUGGAAAGGAAGCCGAUCGGUUCCCCAGCUAUCGCUGCUGUUAG